GGGGGAGGGGCAGCGUGGAGAAGAAAGGAUGUGACGUCACUGAGAGGACUAGCUCGGCUGUUAGCAACUCUGUUAGCAACGCUGUUUUUCUUCCUCCGAAACAACAGUAAAGAUAAGCCUCUUUGAAUAUGGAGGCCACUGCGGACGGCCCGGCUGAGACCCAAAGCCCGGUGGAAAUAGACAGCCCGGUGAAGACCCAAAGCCCAGCCCAAGACACCUCAAUCACGUCGAGAAAUAACGCAGAUAGAGGCAGAGUUCUUGCCUUACCAGAGCACAAGAAGAAGCGCCAUGGAAACUUGCCAGCCAAGUCCGUUAAGAUCCUCCGCGACUGGAUGUAUAAGCAUCGGUUUAGGGCCUACCCUUCAGAAGAAGAGAAGCAAAUGCUGUCAGAGAAGACCAAUUUGUCUUUGUUGCAGGUUUCUAACUGGUUUAUCAAUGCUCGCAGACGCAUUCUCCCGGAUAUGCUUCAACAGUGUGGAAACGACCCCGUCAUUGGCCACAAAAUGGGCAAAAAUGCCCAUGCCACCCACCUGCAGAGCACCGAUGCAUCUGUGCCGGCCAGUUCAGGGCCCAGUGGUCCAGACAAUGUCCAAAGCCUGCCCCUGUGGCCCUUGCCAAAGGGCCAGAUGUCAGGAGAGAAGCUACCAGAUCCGGAGUCGGCCCCUAGCCAGAAGCUCACCGGGAAAGCCCAGCCAGAGAAAAAGGUCAAGUUUUCUAUCACAUCCCCGUUUUCUCCAGAACCUGUGUCUCCAGAGGAGUACGCCGACUUCAGCAGCUUCCAGCUGCUAGUAGAUGCAGCAGUACAAAGGGCUGCCGAGCUGGAGCUAGAGAAGAAGCAAGAUCCUAAUCCAUGAUUGAUGAUGUUCCAAAAACCUAAGUAGUCAGUCCCUUAUGUACUGUGGUAAACCUGUUUAUGUUCACCCCAACUUAUUUGUAUGCUUAUCUUUUAUAGAGGCAUCUUUCUUUCUAGUGGUUUUAUGAGAACGAAUCUUAAUUAUUGGGACUAAAUUCUGUCAGAUAUUUCAGUGUUUCCAGGUGAAAGACACUAAGGUGCCAUCAUGAUGAACGCUGUAGCAAAGAUCUCUUAACUCUCCUUCCCCCUGGAUUUGAACUCUUUAGACCAUCAAACUAAUACAUCUGAGAUUAAACAUCAAGCUGAGAUUUCAGAGAUAAAUGUUUUUUGCUUUCUAGCCAACUUUUUUAAUCACAGGGUUGCUACAUAUAAUAAGUCACCCCUCUUUCUCCCUCUCUCUCGGUAGUCUUUUCUGUUUAUUAGUAUGAAUGAUAGAAAAGAAAGCCUCUAUAAAAAUAGCUAUAACAUCCCUCAUUUUAUUGUUGGAGUUUUGUGAAGCUUUCAACUCUUAUGUUCCUUUUUGUACAGUUUAUUGGCCAAUUUUGAAGAAGCAGUUAUUCUUUGCAGGGAGUUGACCAUGAGAGCCAAAGUACAGUAAAUUCAUGAACAUUUUCUUGCAUAAAGGUGAACUCUUCUUGCUUUGAGCAGUGAAAAGUCUGAGUAAAGGUAAGAAAAUUCCAAAUGUUAAUUUUCUCUUGUUGGCUGUUGGUUAGAUAGUUGGUUUUAGAGAAUACUUUUUAUUGAUUUUAAUUAUAAAAGUAAAAAUAUAACAAAAAAUAGCAAAAAAAAAAAAAACUGACAAAAAAAUUCCCUGGAAGAAACCAAAGGAAGAUAAUUUAAAAAGAAAGAAAAUGAAUCAAUAUAUAACAUGUCAGCAAAAAGUAAAGUAGAUCCAGGUAUUCUAUUAUUUUAUCUUUUUAAUACAUUUAUGUAUUUUUCCUUUUAAAAUUCUUGGUU